AUGAUGGCCGCUGCGAGAAUGGCGUUCGCCUCUUGCGCCUGCCUCCUCCCGUCCUCAUCCUCUCUGCUCACCCUCGCGAGGCCCCGCGCCGGCGCCGUCUCGUUCCUGGCUGCCCGACCGUCGCCGGCGACGGCGCCGAGAUCCGGCAGGAAUCUUGCUCUCUUCUGCUCUUUAUCACCGACGUCGCUAUCGCUAACGGAGGUCUCCCUAGCACCACCGCCCCCGCAGGAUGCGGUGGAUGAGACGAAGCACCCGGUGUCGGGCGGGAACGAGAAGGCGGAACCGACCGUGGAGGAGCUAGUGGGGCUGCUGGACGUCCGGGUGGGCCGGGUGGUGAAGGCGUGGAGGCACCCGGAGGCGGACACGCUCUACGUUGAGGAGGUGGACGUAGGCGAGGCGGAGCCCCGGACCAUCUGCAGCGGCCUUGUCAACUUCCUCCCCAUCGAAGAGCUCCAGGACAGCAACGUGAUUGUUCUUGCUAACCUCAAACCAAGGAACAUGCGUGGCAUCAAGUCAAAUGGCAUGCUCAUGGCUGCCUCUGAUGCUUCCCAUGAGAAUGUGGAGCUGCUCAUCCCUCCAGAAGGUUCCUUUCCUGGUGAAAGAGUAUGGUUUGGUUCAGAAGAAGAAAUGCAUCGUCAAUCUGACCCUGCAUCACCAAAUCAGGCAAUGCAUCAUUCCACUUUUGUCAGGUCCAAAAGAAGAAGAUCUGGGAAGCUGUUCAGCCUCAUCUUAGAACAACAGAUAACUGCAUUUGUGGUUCUUGGUGAUAAACAAAUGCGUACCUCUGCUGGCCUAAUUUUCUGCAAAUCGCUUCAGGGUGCAAGAGUAUCAUAA